CCUUUCCUACCCCAACACAGCAGAGCAGCCGAGCAGAGGCCGGCCGCACUGGCACACCUCGGCCAUGUCAAUAUAGUAGUGGGAGCGAUAGCAGUAGUAGUGUAUGCCAUGGUAGACUGGUAGUGGCACCACCACUUCUACGCCUGCCUAUAGGUAUUCCAUCCCCCGUAUUCGGCUGGCCUCUCUUCCCCCAUGCACUGCACUGCACUGCAGCCAACCGGAGCGGCGACCAGUGGUCGGACGGCGGGGACAGUAGUGCGUACUGCCUGCUGCGCGCGCGCUCGCGUGCGGACCUAACGCGGCCUUUCCGCUGGAGUAAAGCCUCGCCACCUGCCCGGCUAUCUGCUCUGCUUGCUCCACCAGCAAGUCAACAAGAGGCAGCGCCGCCCCCCGGCCCCGGCCGGACUCAUCGUUUCGGCGCGGUCUCGGCUCAGCUGGCGAGGCCGUGAGCAGUAUCGCCAUGAGCAGGGAACAGCAGACGCCGCCGCCGCCGCGGCGGUUCAUCGCCAUCCCCUUCUCCUCCGGCUGCCGCUCCCACUCCAGCGUCGACGUCGUCGACACCGCGCGCCACGGCAAGAAGCCCCACCCGCAAGGGGCUGAAAUAGGGGCAGUGCCAGGCGGCGCGUCAGUGAGACCGCCGCCCCCGGCGGGGAGCAAGGGGGAAUCGCUGGUGGCGCGGCUCCUGCGCGGGUUCAAGAACCUGUCGCAGAUCUUCGCGGUGUACGACGAGGACGAGGACGAGGAAGAGGAGCGGGAGAUGGUGAUCGGGCUCCCCACGGACGUGAAGCACGUGGCCCACAUCGGCUGGGACGGCAGCACCAGCACCACCACCAGCCUCCGCUCCUGGAACCGCGCCGCGCCGCCUCCACCGGCCUCCUCCUCCUCCUCCUCCUCCUCAUCGUCCUCCGCCGCCGCGGCGCCCCCGCAGGCGCAGGCGCAGGAGCAGUACCCGCUGCCCCUGCCCAUGCCGGCGCUGUCCAUGCGGCAGUUCGAGCUCGCCAUGGCCGCCCAGGCCGCCGGAGGUGGCGCCACGACCACGAGCGGAGGCGGAGCUGCCCACCGGCGUCACAGCUAGCGUCAGACAGAGCGAGAGGUGGUGGUACGCCCUUGGUGGUGGGCUCGUCGUCGUCAGACACCAGGCAGGCGUCACAGGCCGUCGUCCGUUUCUGCCGCCCCAUGCUCGCUCCCAUGUGGAGAGAAGAGAAGGGUGCCACUGCCAGGGAGGUGGGGACGGACGAGUGGCGCGAGCGCCUGCCUGGCGGCUGUCCGCCUGUCCUCCUCCUCGGCGGCUAGCUCUACCUCCUUCUCCUUGCCGUCCGUCAGUCUGUGCUGGUCGUCGCUGUGUCGUCGGAGUUGGUGCGUGCUUCGUUUGCUUGUGCUUUGGCGCCAUCGCUGCGGUGCGCUGUACGUAGCCAUUUUUCCCCGGGGAUCCCUCUCCUUGUUUGGAUUGCUGCUGCUUACUUGUUCCUUACCGCCAUUACGAAAUCUUAAUUGCUGCGUGGCGCCUCUGCUCGUCACCACCUUUUUGUUUCG